AUGAACACACAACAAGAUCUCUAUGCAAAGUAUGACGUGGUUGUCAUCGGCGGUGGUCCCGUGGGACUCUCGACCGCUUUAGAAUGCGCAAAGGCGGGACAGAAGGUUCUGGUGCUUGAGCAGUCUGUCUUUUUCAACUACUCAGGAAGCUCGGGUGAUCUUGUCCGCAUGUUCCGGACCGCAUACACAGAAGACUUCAUGGCCACCCUAGCUGUUCAGUCCAUGACGCUCUGGAACGAGCUCGAGGAGGAGGCUGGAGAGCCUAUGCGCUUGAUGUCUGGACUUCUCAACUUUGGUGACCCUCAUUACGGAGAGGGUGGCCCCGAAGGCACGCUCUUGGGACCCAUCCCUAACCUGGAGAAGUACAACAUGAAGUACACCCAGCUCGAUCGCGAUGAGAUUCAACAGCAGUACCCGUUUCAGAACCUCCCCGACGAAUGGAUCGGCAUCGACAUGCCUGACAACGGCUGCAUCGACGUCACCCUCCUUGUGCGGACACUCUACCGCUUGUGCCAGGAGCGUGCGGUCGAUCUCUUCGAUUAUUCUACGGUCACACGCAUCGCACCGGAUCUUUCGAAAGUAUACCCUCCUGCAAAGUGGGUCAUCGAAGGUACCAUGCUGAAUGCCAGCGGUGCCAGCGCUCAAGGCAUGCAGUUCUCCUUCCGCUCGGAUAAGAUCGCCAUCACUCCGGGGGCGUAUGUCAAUCACGUACUGUAUCCUUCUUUUGGCUUCUCCGUUGAUGUGAACAUCUGGGAAAUGGUCUACUCCUACUGGGCAAUCGACUACGAUAUCUCGUUCCCGAAGAUGUGGUUCCAGUUUCAGGAAGACUCCACCCGCGAUGGCCUCCCCGUUUCCAACCUAUUCUACGGUUUCCCCUCCGUCCCCUGGGGCCCACCCAACCUCUGCCGCAUCGCCGUCGACACCGCCACGAACGUGGUCACCGAUCCCGACCACCGCGCGUACGGCGUCAUCUCUCCGGCCGACCUCGAUAACACGCGCUCUUGGAUGAUCAACCACGUUCUCGGUGUGGGGCCCACACCCCUCCCCGUCCUCUCUGGGACAUGCCUGCAGACGAACGUCUCGGACAACAUGUUCGUCCUUGACUUCGUGCCUGAGCGCUAUGUUGGCACGGAACGCGACAAGAGCAUCGUCGUCUUCACGGCCGGCUGGGCGAUGAAGUUCGUCCCGCUCCUUGGGCGGGUGUUGCGCGAGAUGCUGCUCGACGGACAGACCCAGUACGACGUCAGCCAGUUCAGCAUCGAUCGCAAGCCCGACGGCAAGCCAAUCAUCCGGGAUGGCCCUGUACCCAACGCUCCCGAAGUCGAUGCGGCAGCGGCCUUGAGUGGUUCGUCCCGCCACAUGGGCCACUAA